AUGAGCCAGCGGUUGAUUGAGUCCGAGAGCGAGAGCGGGACGGAUCAGUCCGAGGUUAGGGACCCUUCUGACGGGGUGAAGAACAAGCUCGAGGACUACACGCGGCGGUUGUCUCAGCUCGGGCUGGACUUGGACUCGGACAGCAACAGCAACAGCAACAGUUCGUCUUUUAUGGUAGAGGAAGCCCAGAAGCAGAAGACGGUCGAUCAUCAGCUCACCAAGCAAGGAACUCCGGGGGGAAAGAUUACAAUACGGUUCCAACCUAUAGGGGCGAUUUCAGCGGUGCGACCGGCAGCAUGCAAGAUCAGCGCUGAGCAGCACUUCUCGGCCGUGGUGCUGUUCUUGAAGAGGAGAGUCAAAGUGGACACGGUCUUCUGCUACAUCAGCAACUCAUUUGCGCCAAGCCCGCAGCAACAAGUAGGGGAUCUUUGGCGACAGUUCAAAGUCAAUGAUGAGCUGAUCGUUUGCUACUGUGCCACGGUGGCAUUUGGAUGA